AAGACUUCAGUCACCCACUCUUACCUUUUCAGGUACACAGCUGCAUUCUUUCCAUAUCAAAUGAGUGGCAAUGAGCAAGUGGAUGGUGGAUCCUUACAUUGAAUGGUUCGUUAUGAUUCAUCUUUAAAUUCGGAUUUCAAAAAUGCCCAUAAAGUUUACCCAUUUCCCUCAGAGGUAUUUGUUCGAAAUUUAUAAUUUCUGUUUUCUUUUUCUUCACCAGAUUUUACUCUUUAUUUGGUUGUUGGGUCUUGAUUCUGUACUAGAUUUUCACUUCUGAUAAUUUGGUUGUUGGACCAAUUAUAAGUAUGUGCUGUACUAGAUUUUCACUUCUGAGCUUAGUUCAUUGGAUUCUCAUUCCAGAUUUUCUCCAAUAUUUUAACUGUUUCUUUACUUGAUGAUAAUAUGAACAAUUCUGAAGCUGUUUUAAGUUUCAUAAAGACUUUCUCUAAGAAAUCCACGGAAAGAGCCUGUUGCCUGUUGGUUGUUAUGCCCGACUAAAGACAUGGGCGAGGUAAGAAGCUCAAUGGAGAUCAUAAGUCAAGUGGACAUGGACAUGGCAUAUUCUUCUGAGAAACUGGUGAAUCUAGGCAGCCUGUUUGUGACUGUGAUGACCAAACAAGAUGAAGUUGAAGCAAUGGCAGUUGAAAAUGACGAUUCUCCGGAUGCUGUUGAGAAAGCUUUGACAUUACACCACUUAAGUGCUAUUCUCAAGGCGGAGUUUAGACUGUUGGAUGAUUUUGUGAGUAAUCUCCACGGUCUGAUUCUUGGUGCGCGCAAAAAGGUCUCUUCCUGUGAGACAUUGAGUGAACUGGAUACAAUGGUGGAGCACAAAUUGCAAGAUUCCGAAGAAUCGUUGGGCCAACUGAAAGAACGUAUUCUAAGUAUGAAGAUUCAGCUAGCCAAUCCGUCGCUGAUUGGCUCUUUAUUUGAUCAAGAUGACUGGAGACAUGACUUGGCUUCAAAGCCACAAGUGCAGAUAGCAGAGCAAAAGCGUCUUCUAAAAAUGUUGGGGAAGUCUUUUGCAAGAGAGCUAGAUCUCGAGAUGAAGAUGACGUUGAUGAAACAAAAUGAAGACGAUUUUAAGAUGAAGCUCAAGUUAAGAGAACACAUAGCUUCAUGCAUGGAAGAAGCGGCAGAGGUAAUAUGGGGAAGGUUUUUGGAGGCAGACAAUAUAGGGGAGGUGCUCAUGGGCAUCUCAAAAGAUAUGGCAGGUCAACUUCGGAUAGCGAAUCUCAAUCUAAGCGGUUCCCAUCAAAGAGAAAAUGAGAUUCAAUUGAAAUUUCUAACUUGCAUGGAACACUCAAAUGCUAAAGAUAUCACCAUUCAAAAGCUCAACGAAAGCAUUGCAUACCUUAAAGAUGAAAACGCUCAAGUAGUGUCCUUACAACAGAAUAUUGAAAAGCUAAAGCAAAACUUGAUGGCAUGUGAAUCUCAACUAACAAGGGCAAAUUCGUCAAUUGAAGUGCAUAUUGAGCAGAUUAAUGAAAUGGAGAUUGAAAUAGAAUCUCUAAAGGAAGAACUCUAUCAAUUGGAGAGUAGGGCUGAAAGUGCUGAGGCAAAAGUCUCGCAGUUAACAGAGACAAACUUGGAGCAAAGUGAAGAACUGAGUUUCCUCAAAGACAGCAAUGAUAAUAGUGUAAAAAGAGUGAGCAUACUUGAAACAGAGAUGAGGGAGCUUGACAUUCAACUUCAGAAUUCUAAAGCAUCUUCUGAAGCAAGUCAAGAGCAGCAAAACUUGUUAUAUUCUGCCAUUUGGGAUAUGGAAACGCUGAUUGAUGAGUUGAAACAAAAAGUUUCUAAAGCAGAAAACAAGACAGACAUUGCAGAGGAGCAAUGCAUUGCAUUGUCAGAACUUAAUUCAGAGCUCAACAAAGAAAUAGGUAUCCUGAGGGUCAGAUUGCAAGAUAUGGAGUCAUCUUUGAAUCAAGCUAAGGUUGAGAAAAUGGCGAGCGUGAAAGACAUUAACAUUAAGACAAGCUUUAUAAUGGAUUUGGUAACACAACUAACUGUAGAACGAGAACGGGUGCAAAAACAGUUGUGCUGUUUGAUAAAGGAAAACAGAUUGUUGAUGAAGAAGCUAGAGAUGGUCAAUGUACCUGCAUCUGCUACCAUUCUAGGGAGCAGAGAAGCUGAUAACAAAGAGCAUCCACCUUCUACACACCAAUUUCCUGGAGAUGCUCCAUUGAAAGUGCCCAUUGAGUCCUCUUUGAGAAUCAGUGAGUUUAACUCAAACAAGGUGCAAGAUCUACAUGAGAAGUCCUCUUACAAUGAAACUGGGAAUGGGGUGUCAUCUUCUUCCACCAAUUAUCAUCAUGAGGAAUAUUCAGUUGUAGAGGAGAAAACUGUUGUUGCCAUAGAGGCAAAGCGUGGUCAGAGCAGAAGAUACAUAUGCAUUGCGUUACUCAUCUCACUGCUCUCAGUAAUAGCACCAUUUUUAUAUGGCCGGAAAAAAACUUUGGUUGACUUUGGUAGUUAACUUGUGGUGCCUGAAAUGUUUAUAUGUUGUAACUGGUAAGUAUACAAUUCAAGCAAAUGUUUGUACAGCAUAGUAUGGGCUAGUUGAUUCCACAUUCACAAGGUUUGUUUUUAAGGGCUGCAAAAAGAAAAUGCAACUACAUUUUGUAGCUUUGUACCAUUUGAGGACUAGAGAUUUGUUGGUUGCAAGCUUGCAGCAUGUAUUGUGUGAGUAUGAUCUUCAAUGGAAACAGUGUACAUGUAAUCACUUAUUUAUUUAUUUAUUUAUUUACUUCUUUGAUUGUUUACCACAACUACACGUUGGGUAGUAAAGGUGAGAGUAAUUCUUUUGUUAGCCUUAAGGUUAACUGAUUUGUGACUGAAGAGUUUUGAAUUAGUGAUAUAAACAGGAGAGAGCCUUGUGCUAGUAAAGUCUAGAAGAGAAGAUCUUGACUGCUGUUCAGCUGAGCUUGUUUGCCAUUUGGUCAUUGUUUCUGUUGGAUAGUUACAUAUAUAUCUAUAAUAAUGAUGAUGGUUGUGGUGGUGAUAGUGAUGAAGAUGAUGAUGAUGACAUAGUAAUAACAGCAAAAAUGAUAGUGAUGAAGAAAUUCCCUCCACUAACGGUGCACAAUAUGGCCGUGCAGAGCUGCACCACAUAGGACGUUUUAGCUUGCAACAAAAAAUAGAAACCAAGCCGGCUUGGUUUGAUUAGAUUAAUCCUUGCGUUCUCAAUAAUACAGACAACAGAAAAGAAUAGUUCCAAAUGAAGAAUAAAUAGUAAAUACAACCUUGAACACCGAGCCACGAUAUA